AUGAAGAUCAACCAAUUUUACCAUUUUUCUCUUCUCUUUCUAUUCCUCAUCCGAUAUUCGUCAUCCGAUACCAAUGAUUGUGACCGUUAUGAUCUGGAGUGCAUGCUAGGUGUACCUCCUGAAGAAGAAACAAAAAACUUUACUUUUUGUAUUGAAGGACAAUUCGUUGUGAUGAACGGAACAUCUCCGACGACUGAUAAGUAUAAAUUCGUGAAAUGUAGCACGUUGGCUCCAAAAUGUGCAAUAAAAACGAGAAAAGUGUCUACCGUAUUCGAGAAAACAGUUGAAAAGGGGGAGAUGAAGAUAGUGACAAUCGGAUGUUUCCCAGCAAAUGAAUUGCAACGCCGGGAGAUGGAAAAUCGGAAUCUUGAAUCAACGAGAUCGUAUGACAGUUUUUAUAGCAUUUUGAAAGAUUGGAACAAUUAUGAUUUCUACAAUAGUUAUUUUUUGCGCAACAAACCGAAUAACACUCUCGAUAGAUACUCACAUGAAAUUAUUUGGGUUGAGAAUCCUUCUGAAGACCUAUUCGAUAGAAAUAAUGGAGAUGAGAAUGGCUCUGAUGCUUGGACACAGUACUUCAGCAAGGGAAAAAUCACUCCAAUCAUGCUUCUCUAUACUCUUUUCAUUUGUAUUUCUGUGAUUAUCAAACUGAUUUGGAUGGUUUCUACUGCAUGGAAGAGUAUAAAACAAGGAUAUGAACCUGUGAAAACUGAGAAGAGCAAAGAGGGUAUUGAGGAAUCUAUUGACGAGUUGGAUUGA